AUGGCAUUUCCAAAAGUAACUGGUGACAUGAAGUAUAAGGCGUUUGUUGAUGGAGAAAUCAAGGAAGUAAGUAUUGGUGGGCAUGAAGGAUGCGUUGUGCUGGUAUUCUAUCCUCUUGACUUUACUUUCGUAUGUCCCACUGAACUUAACAGAUUCAGUGAUCUUAAGGAUGAGUUUGUGAAGCGAGGAGCCACAGUUUUAUUCGUUUCCUGUGACUCUGUGUACACACAUAAGGCAUGGGCUCAAGUUCCAAGGGAGAACGGAGGUGUUAUGGGAGUUUCAUGGCCGAUGAUAUGGGAUGAAAGAGGAGAUCUCAGCAGGAGCAUGGGGAUGUACGAUGCAGAUAGUGGCCAUCCAAUGCGUGGAACAAUCAUUCUUUCGAGGACUUUGGAUGUGAAGCACAUGAGUGUCAACCAUGCAGAGAUAGGAAGGUCAGUUGAUGAAAUAUUAAGACUUAUUGAUGCGAUUGCAUUCAAUGAGGAGUUUGGAGAAGUGUGCUUUGUUGAUUGGAAGAAGAAGUAA